AUGACUCAAGGUGACACACAAGAACAUCAGGACUCGGCGAGUGAGGGCUUUCCCUCGUCCGGGUCUGAUGCCGGCGACCAAGGAACGCCGAACACCGCCCCAGUGAGCGCUGCCCAAGGAGGCCAGCCUACGGCGGCUGCGCCGGAUCCGCAGAGCGGUGCCGUACCCCCGUCAAGCGCUGCGACAACCAACCCCUCUCGUCCGACGUGCGGCGACAGCUCUCGAACCUCGGCUCGUCACAGAAGCCACGGCGCAGAUCGACGCAGCCCCCAGGCCCUGCCGCAGAGAAGAGUGCGGCUAUUUGUUCAGCGGUGCAGUCAGUAUUGCUGGAGCCUCUGGCUGCUGUUCAACUCGAGGUGA